UUUCAAGUCUAGGGUUUUGUAUUGCCUGAAAACCAAAAAAAAAAAAAAAAAAGGAUAAACAUGGCGAAACCAGGCCCCCGUGGUCGCCCCUCCAGGUCCGGCUCCGUCUCAUCCGGCUCACGCUCACGCUCUCGCUCCCGAUCAAUCUCCAGCUCAUCCCGCUCAUCUUCUCGGUCCAGAUCUUACUCUUCUUCUUCUCGCAGUGCCAGUUCUCGCAGCCGCAGUCCCCCUCCUAAAAAAAGUUCUGGUGAUGGAGCGAAACGAGGCCGUUCUCCCGUGCCGCAAUCGAAAAAGGCGUCGCCUCCUCCAAGGAAAGCUUCUCCAGUGCCCGAGUCACUUGUUCUUCACAUUGGUCAGCUCACUCGGAAUGUGAAUGAAAAUCAUUUGAAAGAAAUUUUUGGAAACUUUGGUGAAGUUGUACAUGUACGAUUGGCUAUGGAUCACAUUGUUAACCUUCCAAAAGGCUCUGGAUAUGUUGAGUUUAAGGUCCGAGCUGAUGCAGAAAAAGCGCAAUUAUACAUGGAUGGGGCCCAGAUUGAUGGGAAGGUUGUUCAAGCCAAGUUUACUUUGCCUGAAAGGAAGAGGGUAUCACCACCUCCCAAGCCAUUGCCCACUGUUUCAAGGAGAGAUGUAGCUAGAAAUGAUAAUGCAGGUAAAAAUGAUAAUGCAGGUAUUGAUGCUGAAAAAGAUGAACCAAGGCGUGUAGCAGCUGGGUCUCCUCGCCGCAGACCUCCAUCUCCAUUACGCCGCCGGUCUCCUGUAGCUCGCAGAGGGUCUCCUAGGAGAGAUCUGGAAUCUCCUCCCCGCCGUCGUGUAGACUCCCCUCCUAGAAGACGGCCAGAAUCUCCUUACCGUCGUGGGGGUUCGCCACCUCCUCGAAGGCGGCCUGCAUCACCUCCAAGAGGCCGCUCACCUUCUCCUCCUGGAAGACGUUAUAAUAGAUCACCUCCUAGGGGUCCAAUUCGAAGGCGUUCACCCCCACCAAGACGCCGUUCACCUGGACGAGCAAGGAGUCCUCCUCCCAGAAGAUCUUCGUUGAGUCGCCGACGUAGUCGCUCACCACCUAUCAGAAGGCCUGGCCGUUCACGUUCUAGAUCAAUCUCACCAAGAAGGGCACGACCUCCUGUUGGUAGGCGUGGUAGGUCAUCAUCUUACUCAGAUUCACCAAGUCCACGAAAGGUGCCAAGGAAGGUAUCAAGAAGUCGCAGUCCUAAAAGGCCCCUAAGAAGAAGAAGCAGCAGCAGCAACAGCAGCAGUAGCAGCUCACUACCACCUCCACCUCCUCCUCCUCCCCGUAAACCUUGAGUCACCAUGGAUGGAGUUCUUUCCGGAGCAUUGAUUGUGAUCUUAUAAUGUAAGCUAAUAUGAAGUGGGGAUUCUGUUAGGUUUGUUCAGAUAGACAAAACAAGACUCUGGUAACAUGUCUGUUAGAACUCAUGCGCUUAAAGUCUAGACCAUGUGUAUACUUCUUCAAUCUUUACUAUCUGGAUAAACAUAUGAAAAUUCUGAA